AUGACGGAUCAUGCUAGGGCGAAGGGUCCUCCCGCACCUCCCUCGCUUCCAGGCACGCCGCCCCGCAACCAAACAGGAGAACGUCUCAACGAUAUCGUAGAAUCCAUCAACAGAGACUUCGACCUUGGCAUCCAGAUUCGUGGCCACUAUUCUCCGUUGAAAUUAAACCAAAAGGACCCACGUAAUAAAGUCUACGAGUACAUCAAAUUCCUGUUUUUCCAAAACCGGAAAGCCCUUAAGCAGGCAAUUCAAGAGUUCAAGUCUAGCGCUCAGCAAGAACAACCCAAAGAGCGCCUGACUCUUUUUCACAAGUUGCUGUCAGAUGUAGCAAAGACAUGCAGACCGCUCCCAAAGACCCCCACGCAGAACAUUAGCGAGCCCGGAAGUCCUGUUCCUUCUUCUCGCAAAGCGAUCAAGACACUACAGCCACCCAGUCCGCUACUUUUUGACCGGCAAGAUGAGCGAGAGUCACUUGAGUCAUGUAAAUCGUAUAAGACCGCUCCAGAUCCAGGCUCUCCUACAGAUGAAGACACCGACGAUGAAAUGAACCCAAGGCUUAAGGUACGAUUUCCAUCGCCCUCUCCAUUACCUAGGCCGGCAUACCCAUCCCAGGCAAGUAAACCUGUCUCAUUGCAUUCGGCAAGGAAACGGCCCUUGGAGAACUCCAAUUAUUAUGGAACCUCGUCAAAAUUGACAAAAACCUCGAGAGGAAAGCAGGCAGUCAGCACAUCGCGCAAUACAGAGAAUUUGUUCAAAAUACCGACCGUCGACAUGGCCCCCUCGCGUCAGCCUAAUGCUGAUCCAGCAUCCGCAAACGUGUCCUUCAACAAUAGCAUUUUCUCAUCACAGGAGACCGUCAAUACCGCGGCGACUUCUUUCGCAUCGUCUAACGGCGACACCGAUGCCUAUGGACAAUACAGCCCAAGAUUAAAGACGACAAAUAGAAGGAGCUCUACUACAAUAGGCUCCUUCGAUGAUGAUGCUUUGAUCCAAGCGGAAAUGCAAUUUGCCAUGUCGACCCAAAGUGACAGGGUAUGUGAGCAAGACAUCCAGACCGACCUUAAUAUAAGCUUUUCUCAAGACAGCAACGGACAAAGUAGACCUACCUUUGGCUCUGUAGAUGACGAGGAAUUUGUCAAGGUGGCAGCCAAAGUUGAAAAUAAGCAAGAUCGGUCAGAUUCGGUUGCCUGCCUGGGGCCCUCUGGGGUCGCCAGCAACCAAAAGCAAAACGAUCUGUCAACAAAUAAGAUGUCAUACCACAUACGCGACAUACCCAAGCAAAGUCUAUUCGUGGAAAUGCUUCCAGAGGAAUUGGAAUAUAUUCCCUACUAUGUAUUGUUCAUCUGCCAGCGCAUUGCACUAGAAUACUCUGUUCCACUACGAUCGAUUGCGGAUGUUGUUGACGACUCAAAUAUCUUCACUGACCCACAAACCUUCUGGCACUCCAUUGAUUGCCACUUUAAGAGCCUGGGAAGACCUACAGUCAAGUCACGCGAAUCCAAUCGCCUCUGGCAAGUAGUAAACCGGGAAAUGGAUGGUUUUACCUUCAAGGGAAAACUCACUUUCAGUUCCAGACGAGCAGACCCAAUCAUGCGUCUCAGGCUACUACCGAUACAAGAAGAAAAGUCGUGUCGGUUGCAGCGAAUGUUUGGUUCAGAUCGGUUCCUCUAUCUGGAUUUACCCGAGUUUAAUUCUUCCAAGAUAGAUGACUUCACUUAUGAUGAUAUGGUGAAGAUCAGAAAGAAGUGGCAAGAGUGGCUGCUGACAGAGCACUCUUUUUUGGGACGCAAAUGGAGAGUGUUCCAUGUUGACACCAUAAAAAGGAAGCGCAAGUCUCACCGCGAGGAUAUGCUUCACGACAAAAGGAUCAUUCUGUUUGCUACAGAAGGCGCCGGCAUUAAGCAACCAUACACAAUAGGGGAAAUGUUGAACAAGUUCUUACCUAUUGAUCUCAACAAAGAUAAAAGCUUCUGUAAGGCCUUUGCUCGCAUUGAUCUUGGUCUUUCCCGGACUAUACCUACUUUGUGCUUCGACGCAAAGCAAAUCAAGCGUGUGAGGGACAAAUGGAGUACAAAUGACCGAGAAGACACACAAUUCAAUGACACAGCACUAGACUGGCCGCCUUUCCCAAAGAAAACUGUGAUGAAUGAUGGUUGUUGCGUCAUGUCAGUGGGUGCGGCCAAAAAGAUAUGGGAUCUGUACACCAAGGCUACAGGCGUCACCGAUCCACUACCUAGUGCCUUUCAGGGGCGCAUAGGGGGUGCGAAGGGAGUCUGGGUGAUUAGCGCAGAGAAAUUCACCAAGGAAGCGAAGGAAUUGGAACCCUGGAUCAAGAUCAACGACAGUCAAUGGAAAUUCCAGCCCCCAAACGAUCAGUCUCCUUAUCAUCGUACUUUCGAGGUGUCAAACUACAGCUCAACCCCAUCUCCAUCUGAGCUGCAUUCAUCGUUCAUUCCGAUCUUGGCUGAUAGAGGUGUACCAAAGGAGGCGAUAUCUAAUCUCAUGUUUGACUCUCUUGAAAAAGAGCGCAUAAAUCUACUGGAUGUUCUUCAAGACACCACAAAGGUACAUGAGUGGGUAUACCGAAACGGAACAAACACAAGACUUCGCGAAGAAGACCCUAGACGAGCUGGUCAACCAGCAUCUCUUGAGGAAAAGGUUCUGAACCUACUGGAAUCCGGCUUUGAUCCUCUGAAGUUUCCGUAUCUUGCUCAGAAUCUCGAGUCCUUCAUCCUGAGUAGACAAAUACUUCAAGAAGCUAAACUACGUGUACUGCUUCCGAAAUCAACAUUCUUGUACGGAGUGGCAGAUCCAUUGGGAGUAUUGAAACCUGGAGAGAUUCAGAUAUUGUUCUCUUGGCCAUUCGUCGACGAGAUCACCAAUGAGAGAUACUUGGACCUCAGGGAUACGGAAGUCUUGGUCGCCCGUCAGCCUGCUUGUCGCCGCUCUGAUAUCCAGAAGGUGAAGAUAGUCAUACAUCCCAAGCUGUCUCAUUUGGUAGAUGUAGCUGUCUUUCCCUCCAAAGGCCCUUUUCCCUUGGCUGGAAAAUUACAGGGAGGCGAUUAUGACGGCGACAUAUUCUGGAUUUGCUGGGAGGAUACACUUGUACAACCGUUCUCCAAUGCUCCUGCGCCAGUUCAGUCUCCAAAACCUUCCGAUUAUGGCAUCGAAACAAGAACUGAGAAGCUCGAGGAUAUCAUGGACCCCGACAACCCCAAAGAAGUAGAUGCAUUCUUAGGAGAAGCUUUCAAGUUCCGUGAUCACCCUUCGCUACUAGGCCAAGCAACAGUUUUGGCUGAUAAACAGGCCUACAACGAAAACUGCGUUCAUUCUAGAACCCUUGAGAAGCUCUACGACGUACACGAUCUCCUCGUCGAUGCAAGUAAGCAAGGAUACAUCCUCACUCAGAACAAGUACAACAGCUCUGUAAAGACACUAUGUGAGAAUCCAAAAGAUCCGGCCUACAAAAGGGCAGCUAAAGACUGCAAUAAUGCGAGGAUCUCGACAGAUAUUCCGAAACGUCGUGAGAGUAAAUACGGCUACAAACCAGACAACGUACUGGACUAUCUCUACUUCGAUGUCGUGAGGGCACAUAACGUUGAGACGAUGAGAAAAGUCAAGGAGAUACUUGGGAACGUUGCUGAACGGGACGAAGUCUUACUAUAUCCAUGCCAAUACCUUAAUGACGAAGGAACAUCCGUAGUCAGGAAAGAGCUCAGUUCUUUGAACGCGAAACUUGAACGCGUGUAUGGUGCAUGGAAUGAAAUAUGGAAGAACACAAAACUUACGGGAGAGAGUCGGAAUGCAUUGGUCGAAGAAUGCUACCAAAAGUACCUUGCUAUACAGCCUGAUAAUAUAGACGAUCCUAAUAUCCGGCCCUGGAUGGCACCUUAUCGUCGGUAUGGAUCAUGCCACUGGGACACAGUCAAAGCAUCGGCACUGUAUAGCAAAUACCACUGGCCUGAGAAAUUGAGCUUUGUCUUUAGAAUGGCCGGAUACACGCUUUCAAAGCUCAAGGCCGAAAGCUUCGAAGGGACCAGAUCCGUGGUACUGCCCAUCCGCGCGAACCUCAAACCACGACGUAUCAAAACCCUGUCCUACAGCGAUGAAAUGGAUUAUGUCGAUGAAGACGAAUACGAAUUUGUUACUGCUCUCGAAGAUCAAUUCACGGACCUUGGUGACGGGUAUUGA